AUGUCUUUCGUGCGACGCUCGGCUUUACGAGCUACAAUUGCCGCUCAACCUUUCUAUGUUACUCCAGUAACUCGGCGCGCGACUCAAUUGCUGGGCCGUCGAUUCUAUGCCAGUGGAAAGGGCCACGAUGAGCACAAAACUAGCGAUCUACCAUGGCUCUUAGGAUCAGUUGGCCUGACUGGCCCUAUGGUUUUCUACCUUCUCAAGUCAGGCCCUGAGAAGAAGCCGCAUGGAGACGGCCACGGAGACGAACCCGGCGCUGAUCAUGCUGAGCAAAAAGAGGAAGACCAAGGCUCUGAUCAAGUGGAAGAGGCAAAACAGCCCGCCGAUCAAGCGUCUGGUGAAGACAAGCCAGCCGAGAAGUCGGAGAAACCAGAGAAACCCCAGGAGCAGAGCAAAGCAACCCCGGCCCCCAAAGACAAGGACGAAGAAAAGAAUAGUGAUAAGGCUGCUGGCGAAGACACUGGAGCUGAGGAGCCAAAGAAAGAGGAAUCCGCAAAGUCGGCCAGCGACGAGGUAUCCGACGACGACAAGUCUCCCAGUGAAGGCAAAUCCUCCGAUAGAGAUGAUGACACCGAUCCCGAUACCACAGAUGCCGGCUCCAAGGGCAAGUCCGACACUGACGAGGAAAAGGAGUCUACUUCUUCUUAG